GACAGCGAACAUCAAUACCACUUCUGUGACCAUGGAAAUCCCUGAUGUUCACGCGUCCCGUAAUGAGGAUGAUCUUGAGUUGCAAUCUGUGACUCCCGUCGCUCUAGAUGACGGUGAUCAACUUCCUUUUGAAAGUAGUUUCGACGAUUCGUUCUGGCCAUUGCCUGGGUAUGAACACGGUGACUCCUUGAUUGUCGGGCUGCAGACAUAUUUGUCGCAGCCUGCAUACGCACCACCUGGCGAAUACGCUGUUGGCGAUUUAACGGGCUUCCCUGUGAACAACCACUUUCAGAACUUCAUGCGUAAUGAGGAGCAUCAUGGACCCUCCUCACUGUUGUCAUUCGGCAACGAAGGCAAUCAACACGUCCAUAGCUCACUUUUGCUGGCGAAUGACGAACAAGGUCAGGUGUUCUAAUCCAGGGCAGUGUAUCGAGUCUAAUGAUAAUUAUUCUGCAGAUGUCAUGACCGUUUGGGAAUAUACCCAUGUGUUGAAUGCAGAUGACCCCUACUAUCCAGCCAUUGUUGGCGGUGAUGUGAUGGACAACGGACCAGCGCCUCCUCUCAUACCAUCCGGUGGCCUUCGCUGUCAAUACCAUGUGCAAGGUCGACCCUGCGGGGCGCUAAUCGAAGGCGGAGCCCCCAGCAUCCUGAAGCACUUCGCCUGUAUGCACGUUCCUCCCCGCUUUUUCACAAAUGCAAGAUCCGAUCGUCCCUCGAAGCCUUGGAUUUGUUGCUGGGACGGUAAAUGUGACAGCCGCAUUCUCAAGGGGAGCUUUAAGAGGCAUGUUCUUAGCCACUUCUUCCGGUGGAUGUGUCCCACUUGCUCGUCGCCAUACUCCCGAGAUGAUAGCGCGCGAAAACACGCCAAGGGUUGUGGAAAUGGCAGGAUCUUCAUGCAACCGCGGCCGGAGGUUUGUUCACGACAGUUGUAGGAAGCCGGAGGGGGGAAACGCGAUACACAGCCCCCUCGGUAUA